GAAUUGGGAGCUUUAGUGGGUAGCUGAGAGAGGAGGUAGCGGUUAGGACCGAGUGGCCCAGGACGCGCUGGCCAAUAGCCGGAGGGGCUCACACCCUGGGCGGAGGAAUCCCGGGCUGUGAAGCGGCUGCAUCUGGGCCCAUGUGCUUCUUUGUUUACUAAGAGCGGAAGCAGUGGCGGGAGAGGGGGUGGGGUGAAGGAUGGGCCUAGUGGCCGAGAUUUAGGGGACCGAAAGAAAAAGGGGGAAAUCAUACGUGUGGAGGAAAAGCUGAGAACCUUGAAACCUGAGUGUGUUGCUGGGAGUGGCAGGCCUUUGGGGAAAAGGCACUGAGAUUUCUAAGGCAGACUGGAAUUCUCCUAGGGGAGGAUGUUGGGUAAUACUCUCAACUGCCAGGGGCCCUUAAUUCUUCUCUAGGUAAAACAGACUUCUGAAGAGGAGUUCUGCCCAGUGUGGGGAGGAUCAUGUAGGGUUAUUUAAACGUUUAUAUAACUAGUUCAUUUAGAUGAAAUGUUUUAAAUGGAGAAAAGGUGAAGAAGUUCCUACAAGAGUUCUACCAGGAUGAUGAGUUUGGCAAGAAGCAGUUCAAGUAUGGGAACCAGUUGGUUCGACUAGCUCAUCGGGAACAAGUGGCAUUGUACAUAGACCUAGAUGAUGUGGCUGAAGAGGACCCUGAGUUGGUGGACUCAAUUUGUGAGAACACCAAGCGCUAUGCAAGGCUCUUUGCUGAUACAGUACAAGAGCUGCUGCCUCAGUACAAGGAGAGGGAGGUGGUAAAUAAAGAUGUUCUGGACGUUUACAUUGAGCACCGGCUGAUGAUGGAACAGCGGAGCCGUGACCCUGGGGCAGCCCGAAGCCCCCAGAACCAGUACCCUCCUGAACUCAUGCGUAGAUUUGAGCUGUAUUUUCAAGGCCCAAGCAGUAACAAGCCUCGUGUGAUCCGGGAAGUACGGGCUGACUCUCUGGGGAAAUUGGUGACUGUGCGUGGAAUCGUCACUCGUGUCUCUGAAGUCAAACCCAGAAUGGUGGUGGCUACCUACACUUGUGACCAGUGUGGGGCAGAGACCUACCAGCCGAUCCAGUCUCCCACUUUCAUGCCUCUGAUUAUGUGCCCGAGCCAGGAGUGCCAGACCAACCGCUCAGGUGGGCGGCUAUAUCUACAGACACGUGGCUCCAAAUUUAUCAAAUUUCAGGAGAUGAAGAUGCAAGAACAUAGUGACCAAGUACCCGUGGGAAAUAUCCCUCGUAGCAUUACGGUGUUGGUAGAAGGAGAGAACACACGGAUUGCCCAGCCCGGGGACCACGUCAGUGUCACCGGUAUCUUCUUGCCAAUCUUGUGCUCUGGGUUCCGACAGGUGGUACAGGGUUUACUCUCAGAAACAUACCUGGAAGCCCAUCGGAUUGUGAAGAUGAAUAAGAGUGAGGAUGAUGAGUCUGGGGCUGGAGAGCUGACCAAGGAGGAGCUGAGGCAAAUAGCAGAGGAGGAUUUCUAUGAAAAGCUGGCAGCCUCCAUUGCCCCGGAAAUAUAUGGGCAUGAAGAUGUAAAGAAGGCGCUGCUGCUCCUACUAGUGGGAGGUGUGGACCAGUCUCCUCGAGGCAUGAAAAUCAGGGGCAACAUCAAUAUCUGUCUAAUGGGGGAUCCUGGAGUGGCUAAGUCUCAGCUGCUAUCUUACAUAGAUCGCCUGGCCCCCCGCAGCCAGUACACAACAGGCCGAGGUUCCUCUGGAGUGGGGCUUACAGCAGCUGUGCUUAGAGACUCUGUGACUGGAGAGCUGACCUUAGAGGGUGGUGCCCUCGUGCUGGCUGACCAGGGUGUGUGCUGCAUCGAUGAGUUUGAUAAGAUGGCUGAGGCUGACCGCACAGCCAUCCACGAGGUCAUGGAGCAGCAGACCAUCUCCAUUGCUAAAGCAGGCAUUUUAACUACGCUCAAUGCCCGCUGCUCCAUCCUGGCUGCCGCCAAUCCUGCCUAUGGGCGCUACAACCCUCGCCGCAGUCUGGAGCAGAACAUACAGCUUCCUGCUGCACUCCUUUCCCGAUUUGACCUCCUCUGGUUGAUCCAGGACCGGCCCGACAGAGACAAUGACCUACGAUUGGCCCAGCAUAUCACCUAUGUGCACCAGCACAGCCGGCAGCCUCCCGCCCAGUUUGAACCUUUGGACAUGAAGCUUAUGAGACGUUAUAUAGCUAUGUGCCAGGAGAAACAGCCUACAGUGCCAGAGUCUCUGGCAGACUAUAUCACAGCAGCAUACGUGGAGAUGAGGCGAGAGGCUUGGGCUAGUAAAGAUGCCACCUAUACUUCCGCCCGGACCCUGCUGGCUAUCCUGCGACUGUCAACUGCCCUGGCACGUCUGCGAAUGGUGGACACAGUGGAGAAGGAAGAUGUAAAUGAAGCCAUAAGGCUAAUGGAGAUGUCAAAGGACUCACUUCUGAGUGACAAGGGACAAACAGCUAGGACCCAGAGACCAGCAGAUGUGAUAUUCGCCACUGUCCGUGAGCUGGUCUCAGAGGACCGAAGUGUCCGGUUUUCUGAGGCGGAGCAGCGUUGUGUAUCCCGGGGCUUCACACCUGCCCAAUUCCAGGCAGCUCUAGAUGAGUAUGAGGAGUUAAACGUCUGGCAGGUUAAUACUGCCCGGACACGAAUUACUUUUGUCUGAUUCCAGCCCACUUGAGACACUGGGGUCUACUCUGCAUACCAUGCUAAACACCGCCUUUCCUUUAAAGGGCUAGUGAUGCCCUUGAGGGGAAAGGAGCACACACACACACACACUGCCCGUUUUCCUGAGCUAUACUUGUUUUAUACAUUCCUUUUGCUAAUAAAGUGUUUGUAGAUUGCUGCCUUGUGGUAAAA